AUGGCUGAAGAGAAAAAACCCAAAAAGGAUGCGUCCUCGUUUAUGAAGGAUUUUUUAGCUGGCGGAAUUUCGGCAGCUAUAUCAAAAACAGCUGUGGCUCCUAUUGAAAGAGUCAAAUUGCUGCUGCAGGUGCAGGCUGUUUCUAAACAGAUCAGACCGGAGAAUCAAUAUAAAGGUAUAAUCGACGCCUUCACCCGAAUUCCUCGCGAGCAAGGUGUCCUGGCCCUGUGGAGAGGCAAUUUGGCGAACGUCAUUCGAUAUUUUCCAACUCAGGCCCUCAAUUUCGCCUUCAAGGAUGUUUACAAACAAAUUUUCUUGGGAGGCGUCGACAAAAAGAAGCAGUUUUGGAGAUUCUUUGCAGGAAGUUUGGCAUCGGGCGGCGCCGCCGGGGCCACGGCUUUGGGAUUCGUCUAUCCUCUGGAUUAUGCGAGAACUAGGUUGGGUGCCGACGUCGGCAGCGGCAAGAAGCGCGAGUACACCGGAAUGGUCGAUUGUAUCGUGAAGACAUUCAAAUCCGAUGGACUUUUCGGUCUCUAUCGAGGCUUCGUGGUGUCUGUUCAGGGAAUCAUCAUAUAUCGGGCAGCCUAUUUCGGGUGCUACGACACGGCCAGGAGUCUUUUGCCGGACCCUAAGAACACGCCCUUGAUCAUUUCGUUUAUGAUUGCCCAGGCCGUCACCACCCUUGCUGGCCUGUUGUCAUAUCCCCUGGACACGGUCAGGAGGCGCAUGAUGAUGCAAUCUGGUCUAAAAGCCUCCGAAAUGGUGUACAAAAACACUUUGGACUGCUGGGUCAAAAUCUUCAAACAGGAAGGUCCCGCCGCCUUUUUCAAGGGCGCCUUCUCCAACGUGUUGAGAGGCGCCGGAGGUGCCAUGGUGCUUGUACUUUACGACGAGAUUAAAAACUUACUCUGAUUUCUUCCGACGUUGUGAUUCUAAUAAUUUUCUGGAAGUCAUGUGGUCGAUGGCUUCUUCUUUUCGAAGAUAUAUAUAAACUAUACACAGUCUACAUUUUUUUUUAACUUGGCAUAUAAAUGACAUGUACAUUGUACGAUUCGUUAAUAAAA